UUUUUAGCAAUGAUCAAAAUGGGAACAUGCCAUUCUACAGGAAGAGAAGAAAGCAAUAAGAAUAUAAUCAAGAAAAGCACUAUGAAGAAACUCGCAUCCUUUCGAUCAAGGAAAAACUCACAAUAUUUAGGCAGAUAUUCCCAAACUAGGAAGAGAUUGCAUCAUGUGUCUCAAGAAAUGCAAUCUCCAUAUAAAAAUGAGUUUAAAAAAAUUCACAAAAUGACCAAAGAGCAAAAAUUGGAAAAAUAAGAUGAAGUUUUACUUCAGCUCCUACAAUAAGAGUGGAUUCAACUUUGAAGAACACAUGAAGUUUAGUUCUGACAAGGAUGAACAAGUAGAGGCUGAUUCCAAACCCAAUCAGAAUCAAUGGGAAAGAAUAUAUAACCUUGUUCUGCAUCACAAAUGGGAUAAGUUCUUUCAUAAUCUAAGGAAAAUUAAUAAGAAUUACAUCGCAAAUACAUCUGAGAUUUUCGAGCGAUACCCUAGAGCCAAAACCUUACUCUACAGGAACCUUGAAAGGAUUAAGGUGAAGAUAAAGAACAAAAAAUUCUUUCAGGGCAAAGAUCCUGAUGAAUCUCCCUUCAAAUAAUAUUAAUAUCGGAAGGAUAUUGAAAAGAAUCCUUUUCCAGAAGGUAGUCAAAGUCAAAGCUAAACAGGAACUUGAACAUGGAGAUGACUUGGAAAACAGAAAAUGCGACUCAUUUGAGAAAAUUACUGAAAGGUCUAAAAAUAGGCCAGAUAGUCCUGAUAAAAGAGCUUGUAGAUCAAGACCAAGAAACUUUAAAUCUGAUUUUAAUUUACGAAAUGGGCCGAUUCAUCUAAAAAGAGCCUCUCAAAUCUUUCUUAGCGUACCGCUUGAAUGGUCCCAAACCCCUGACUUCAAACAUCAUUUCAAAAAUUCUUCUCCAAACUCUAAAAACUACAUUAAAAACCUUAAAAUUCCAGGAAGAAUAAAAAACCGAAAGAAAUUGCCAAAUUCCUUCACAAAAUUGCCAAAAUUUGUCUCAAAUUCAAGCCAAAAAUUACAAAAAUUCCUGAAUUCUUCAGGAGUAUUACAGAAUUCUCAAUCACCUAGGCCUCUCUGUGCGCCUAUCUUGCCAGUUCUAGGCCAGAAUCGCUCCAAAGAGAUGCAUUACAGCUCUGCAAUGGCUGCAGAGCCAUUGCAGAGCUGUAAGAAAAGAGUGAAGAAAAGGACUAGAAGAGAGAAGAAACUAAUCAAAAGUCGGCUUAAAGGAGUCUACUGAGCCAGUACCAGGAUGAAGAAAAUGUUCGGUAAAGCCUAAAUUCAAUAUUAA